UUGAUUGGUUAAAAGACAAUAGGUCCUAUGCGCAGAAUCCACUCCCUAGUAACGAGUAAUGGCCGCCAAAACAAUUCAAUUUCACAAAGAAGACGUUCUAGAUCUAGGUCUAGAUCUAGGCGUUCAAGGUCCAGAUCUAGAUGUGCCAGGGACAAGUGCCAUUCCAAAAGGCCUAGGACCCCUAGUCCCCAUCGGUCUAGGGAUAAUAGGCCUAGUGGUAGUGGUACUAGUUCUUCGGCCAUCAAGAUAGUACGGACAUCAACACCUGCAAGAGAGGAAGUGCCUCUUUUGCCUGACAUAGAAGUCCCUCUACUUAAUCAGCUCAAUGAACCUGAAUUUCCAGAGCUGUUUGGUACACACCUCACAAAUGAGAUGAUAUGGCAGAUGGAGGAAUGGCGUCUUGAGGCUGAAGAGCAUUUUGACUUCAGUCUCCUGCUGUCUAAAAAUACCAAGGACAGCAGUAAGAAAGUGAGCCGCAAGCGUGGUAGGGACGAUGAUACAGAUUGGUACCCUGCUGCAAAACGGCCCGCCAUCCACGUCAACCCAAGUCAUCCCAACUUUCGGAGUAGAGGAUGAAACAUGAUGGUAGAAAAAUGUAUUACGUAAAGAAUUUAGCAACCACAGUACUUCAUCAGCUGGAUGCCUUGUAGUCAGGAAACAUGUGCUGCAUUUUCAGGCAAUAUUAGUCACCUUUGGAGUGAUAAGCUAAAGCAUAAGUCAUCCUUUUAGAUUAUACAAUGUGAGAAGGAGAAAGUAAAUAUCAGCAAUCAUUUCAUUGAGAAGGAGAAAGUAAAUAUCAGCAAUCAUUUCAGUGUUAAGGUAAAAGCAAAUAACAGCAUUCAUUUCAGUGAGAAGGAGAAAGCAAAUAUCAGCAAUAAUUUCAGUGAGAAUGAGAAAGAAAAUAUCAGCAAUCAUUUCAGUGUUAAGAUAAAACCUUUAAGUAAGUUAAAAUCAAUUUGACAUUGGCUUAUUGAUGACCUUGACCUUGAAGGUCACAUUACUGAAUGCUCACUGAUUUUUGCUAUUAUUGACUGUAAUCUGAUAAAAAUACUAGGACUAACAACCAUUUAAACAAGACCUUAAAGGUUGAACUGGCCUUGACCUUGAGUGUUAAAUAAUCUUGACCAUCAAGGCCAAAUUAUUGAAUUUCGGUUAAAUUGUCAGUUUUGUUAUUUUUGUACGGAUUUAAUUUAUCCGACUUUCUACAAGACAAACAUAUUGAAUAAUUCAUAAGGUGACCAUGACCUUUAACUGACCUCAACUGUCCAGUUCAAAUUGAUGAAAUUGUCUUAUUUAAUCAAUUAACUAUAAGAUUUGGACCAUAUGCACAGUUUAAAAUGUAAAAUUGAACUUUGAAAUUAUUUGACCUAGUGACCUGAUUUCUUGUCUUUAACCUUUUACCCCAUGAGCAUAUUGCGAAAAAUGGCCGUUUUCAUUGAAAAGCCACCUGAAACAAAUUCAAACUGCUAUAAAACUAUGAAAAAUGCUUCAAUACUGAUGAAACUUGGCACAAAUGUUGACUAGACCAUAACCUCUGUAACAGCAUGCUCAAUUGUCAAAGUGCUGCAACUUUUCAAUGGAUUGAGAUAGAGUAAAAGGCUUUUCAGCGUCGGUUUCUAGUUACCCUAAGAUCGACCUGAGGCCAUUUUUAGCCUGUCACAUGUCCAAAAUUUUCUUGGCGUUGAGGGGGAUAAGGUCGUUGACUGUUAAACCACUUGCCCCUCACCGCUGUUGGUUCUAAUCCCGACAGGGACUUUGGAUUCUUUCAUGUGAGGAAGCUAUCCAGCUAGCUUACGGAACGUCGGUGGUUCUACUCAGGUGCCCGUUCGUGCCUGAAAUAAUGCACGGAAGGGCACCUGAGGUCUUCCUCCACCAGUAAAGCUGGAACGUCGCGAUAUGACAUAUACUGUGUCGAUGUGACGUAAAACCCAAAACAAACAAACAAAACGAUGAGGGCGACUGCCGCCCCUUCAAACCCCCUGGCAACCCCCUGAUGUAACAUUUGGAUGGGGGACGGUGCCGAAAAAGGUCACAUUUUUAACAACAUUUCUCAAACAAAAAACCGUGUUUGGGGCCUAAAUAGGGCAGUUUUUCUUUGUUUGAGGCCUCAGAAAAAGGGGGGGGGGCAAAAAGCCGUCGAAACACGCUUAUAUAAGGGAAAAGGUUAGUGUAUAGCUAUGAAAUUUGGACCAAAUGCACAGUUUUAGAUGUUCAAUUGAACUUUGAUAUCAGCUGACCUAGAUUUUAACCUACUGACCUACUUUCCUUUUCUUAGAUGUACAGCUUUGAACUUUGGACCACAAUCAGUUUUAGAUUUAAAAUUUAACUUAAUUUGAUAUCAGCUGACAUAGAUUUUCAGUUAGUGACCUACUUUCUUGUCCCUUGAUGUACAGCUGUGAAUUGUGGAUCAUAUACACAGUUAUGAUGUAAAAAUAAACUUUGAUAUAAGCGGACCUAUAUU